AAGCCCCAUACCUGCCACGGAGGUAUUUAAGCGAAAGGGUUUUCGCAGACACCAACAGUGUCUUUCUUCUUCCCCGCUUACACCGACAAACUUCAGGAUGCGCGUGGUCUUGCUGCUCUGCUGCCUGCUGGGCGUGGGCAGGGCGGCGCCUCAGACGGCCGGCAGUUACCUGCCCCCUCCUCCAGCCGCCGACGAGCCGCUCUGCGCCGAGGCCGAGCCCAGCAUCGUGGUCAUCACCAGCUACUCGACCGCCAACCGGGAGAUCACCAGCACUCAGGUGGUGCCUCGGCUCACCUACACCACCAUCACUCACACUGCCUCGGAGAUCUCGCUGCUGGUGUCGACUGUCACCCAGACCGAGCAGGUGCCCACCACUCGCGUGCACACAAUCACCACGACCCGCACACAACGUGUGCUGGCUACGGAGACGGCCACGCCGCCGUCCGUGGUGAGCACUGUGCUCGUGACGCGCACUCAGGUGCACGACAGCACUGAGUUCCGACCGGUGGUUCAGGUGAGCACUCAGGUCGUGGACGUGACGCGACGGCUCACGGCCACCCAGACGCGCACCGUGACGCGCACCCAGCUGGAGGCGCGCCCCGUCACGGAGACCGUCACGGCCACGUACGUGGCGGCCGGUGACGUGGCUGAGACCACGCAGGUGUCGACGUUCUUCGUGACAGAGACGGAGCGUCUGCCGGCCGAGACCAGCUUCAUCACCAGCACGCAGGUUCAGACCGAGUACGCCACGCGCACCGUACUGCAGCCGGCCAACACCAUCCACAUCACCAGCACAGCCGUGCAGCCGUUCACACGUGUACUCACCAGCACGCAGCUGGUGCCGAGCCUGCUGCUGGUGACCAGCACGGAGCUGCGCACCCACACCGAGACGGCCACCGAGACGGAGCGGCUCUUCCGCACCAACACGCGCACUGAGACGGUCGUCAGCACGGCUCUGCGCACCCGGCUGGUCACCGUGCAGCGCGACGUGGCCAUCACCAGCACCCAGCAGCGCCUGGUGACCAGCACCGUCCGUCUGCCGGCCGUCACCGUCACUCUGACUCGCAACGCCGUGCGCCACGUCACGCAGCACGCGCCGGCGUCCACCGUGACGCGCGUGACGACCAGCACGCGCACGGCGCUGCGCUUCCUGACCUCUGUAGUGGCCAGCCCGGUGGUUUCGGAGGUGGUGGUCACCUCGACCAUCCCGGCCGACUGCGGUUACAACUACGAGGCGCCCUCCGGCCCGGCCUUCGGCUUCUGAGCGGCCGCAGGGGGAGGCGAGAUGUGACUGACAGGAGGGAGCGGGGAGCAGCAGAUACCGCGGGAGUUUGGUCUCUUGUCACACCAUUACGAUUGUCUUUUGUAAUUCUGUGUCCGACCCGUUUGUAUCCCUAAAUGUGUGUGCGCAUGUGCUCAUCAUGGCACAUAAUAAAACAGAAGGACACAA